UUAUCAACCGUUUAAACCCCAUUUCCGUUUUCCCACCACCCAAACACCUCUCUCUCCAAGAAAACGAUCUAAACCCUUGUGUUUUUUGCUUCUUCUUCAUCACCUCCUCUCAUCAAACUCUCAACUUUCAUGAAAAAGAGGCAACUAAAACACCUCACUAACUUUGAAAGCCCUUUUUCCUACUAUCCAAACACCUCUCUCUUCAAGGAAAAAAUCUAAACCCUUGUGAUUUUGCAUCUUCUUCAUCAUCUCCACUCACCAAAAUUUCAACUUGAUUGAGAAACAAGUAACUAAAGUUCCCCACAAAGUCAAUGCCUCCAAGAAAGUUUCUUGAUUUCUUCAUGUUACUGUUCUUCUUCCUCAACUUCUUAAGCUUUAAUCUUGUCUUGGCUAUCAAUGUCAGCUUCAAUUUCCCUUCUUUGACUCUCCGAAACCUCACGCUCCUCGGCGACGCCUAUCUUCGCAACGGCGUAAUUGGCCUCACAAGAGAGCUUGGUGUGCCUUCUUCAAGCUCUGGCACUCUUGUGUACAACAACCCAGUUACAUUUUUUGAUCAAGAAACCAACAGUUCAGCUUCUUUUAACACGAAGUUCACUUUUUCUAUCAAUAAUGUGAACCCGGGUUCUUAUGGUGAUGGUUUAGCCUUUUUUAUUUCUCCUGAUGAUCAGAUUCUUGGCAGCCCUGGAGGGUAUCUUGGCCUUGUGAAUUCUUCACAAUUGACUGAGAAUAAAUUUGUGGCUAUUGAGUUUGAUACCAGGCUUGAUGCUCAUUUUAAUGAUCCAAAUGAGAACCAUGUUGGUUUGGAUAUUAAUAGUCUUAACUCAAUCAAGACUGCUGAUCCAAUCCUGCAAGGGAUUGAUUUAAAGAGUGGCAAUUUGACCACAGUUUGGAUUGAUUACAAGAAUGAUUUGAGGGUCUUGCAAGUUUUCAUGAGUUAUUCGAUUUCGAAGCCUGAAAAGCCGGUGUUAAGGGUGGAUAUUGACCUCUCUGAGUACCUAAAGGAGGUUAUGUAUGUAGGGUUCUCUGCUUCAACUGAGGGGAGUACUGAGCUUCACUUGAUUCAGAAUUGGAGUUUCAAGACUUUUGGGUUCCAGCCGGUGAGACCGCGAUCACAUCCUCACAAUGUGUCUGAUAAUUCAGUGAAUACAGUUCCUAAUUUGCCUAUAUCAAAUUCUACAAGUAAACAUCACAAUAAGGUCGGUUUAGGUCUUGGAAUUGCCGGUCCAGCCUUCUUUUGUGUAGCUCUUGCAGUUUUUGGUUACAUUACUGUCAAGAAAUGGAGGGGUAUGAGACCAGGAAUGUGCCUAAAAGCAGAGCUUGUGCCAGGACCAAAAGAGUUUAAUUACAAAGACUUACAUUCAGCAACAAGGGGGUUUCACUCGAGUAGAAUCUUAGGCCGCGGCUCUUUUGGGAAUGUUUACAAGGCCUACUUUGCCUCUACAGGUUCCAUUGCUGCAGUGAAAAGAUCAAAGCAUUCCCAUGAAGGUAAAACUGAAUUCCUUGCUGAAUUAUCCAUUAUAGCUUGCUUGAGGCACAAGAAUUUGGUUCAGCUCCUUGGUUGGUGCUCUGAGAAGGGUGAAUUGUUGCUUGUUUAUGAGUUCAUGUCAAAUGGUAGCCUUGAUAAGGUUCUAUACCAAGAACCUGACCAUGGAGUGUUAUUGAGCUGGUAUAAUAGGAUUAACAUUGUGGUUGGACUGGCUUCUGCUCUCAAUUACUUGCAUCAAGAGUGUGAGCAGCAAGUCAUUCAUAGAGACAUAAAGGCCAGCAAUGUUAUGCUGGAUGGAAACUUCAAUGCAAGGCUUGGUGAUUUCGGAUUGGCAAGGCUGAUGGAUCAUGAUAAAAGUCCAGUUUCGACGCUGACAGCAGGAACUAUGGGAUACCUUGCGCCAGAGUAUCUUCAGUAUGGGAAAGCAACUGAUAUGACUGAUGUUUUCAGCUAUGGUGUGGUUGUACUUGAAGUGGCUUGUGGAAGAAGGCCAAUAGAGAGGGAAGGAGAUAGUAACAAAAUGGUGAAUUUGGUUGACUGGGUAUGGGGAUUGCAUGCGGAGGGAAGGAUCAUUGAAGCAGCUGACAAAAGAUUGAAUGGGGAGUUUAAUGAGGAAGAAAUGAAGAAGCUGUUACUUCUGGGGUUAAGUUGUGCGAACCCAGAUAGUGCAGAGAGGCCUUCAAUGAGAAGAGUUCUUCAGAUCUUGAACAAUGAGGCAGCACCAGUAAUGGUGCCUAAGAUGAAGCCAAGUCUCACAUUUUCCAGGGACAUGUCACUGAAACUAGAGGACAUUGUUUCGGAUGAAGACGACCGCUGGUCAGAUUAAUAAAAUUGACUGACGUAACAUCCAUUCUUUAGUUAUGCAAAAUUUUUAAUUUGAUUGUUUGAUUCUUUCAUUUUGUAUUCCCUUCAUUGUAUUCUGGUUAGUUUGUGAUUCAGCAAUUAGAGACUGUAGGAGUUCAGUGGCCUGAGUUCAAAGCUAUUCUAUUGAACUAUGUGGUCUCAGCCAUAGCUCAUACAACCAACUAACAAGUUUCCCUCUGUACUAUCUCUAUCUCUAUAUUCAUAACAGCAAUUGAAGAUCUGGCAAAUUGUUUUUGAAA